GGCGUUCACAUUCUCCUCACUGAGAGACUCUUCUCACAAUAUCACACAUUCUCAUAAAGGCAAGUACACAGAGGCUUUUACACACUCGUAUCCAGAUAGGUAUUUUGGCAACAUGUCCAAAAAAAGACUUUCACACUGCUAUGGAUCUUGGUGGGCUAUUUAACCCUUAAUUUUACUCAACACUUAAAUCAAGGAAAUGGAACAUCUACACUGGUGUACUCAAAAUAUGCUGAACAUCUAAAUACUUCAGAAAGGAGGUUUUCCUUACUCCCAUCAGUGAAGACUGUUGGAACAACUGUACUGGAAUUCCAUGAUGAGCUUGAAAAGAAGAAAAUCAAGCAUGGUGUUUAGCUGGCAUAAGUCAUUUACCAUCCUUGCACCUUGGAGGAAAGGCAAAGGGGACAUGGCUUUAGAAAGUGAGGUUGUGCUGACGAAGAUGAAGCUCUUCAAAAACUUCCAUGAGAAACUCUUAAAUACGGAGGACCUUGUGUCAAACCUGUCCAUGUCUGAGCAGGAUAUCCCUACACCACUCAAGGCUGAAGAAGAAAUCUCUGUCAACAGUGUGGCACCUGAACCAAACAUGGUGGAGUCAAAGAAAGACUAUUUAUCUGCAAUUUUUUCCAGUUCCCAGUUGCCAGGUUUGUACAAAUUUGAAUCUGAGGACUCUGGGGUAGAGAUGCCUAGUGGAGCGAACUCACCAUCUACUCCAACGGGUUCAGAGCAGAGCUUUGUCGUUCACAGUAGAGAGUCUUCAUGUGACUCUGGAAAUCCAAACCCUCACAUACGAGCCAGCAGUUGUCUCCUCUCACUGGAACAGAGUACAGACUCCUUACAGACUGAACCAGCAUCAUGUACAUAUGUCCAAGAAACCAAUCUCUCAGUAUUACCAGACGAGGAUGAGAUGGAUAAUGUUCAACUGGAGGUUGUAAGAGAUUCAGAAAGGUUAGAAAAUGGAACCUUGGUGAAAGCCUCAGAAAGCAGUGAGGAUGGCUCAAUAUGUGCAGAGACAGUAGAUACAAUAACAGAGGGUGAUGCUGCUGAGGACACAGGAUCAAUUAUCCAUGCCACUGAUGCAUAUGACGGGAACAUGGAAGUGGAUUUCCAACAGCAGCCAUUAAGGAAAAGUACAACGAGUGACAGUCUGGAUGAAUACAUGGAGGAGUGCUGCAGGCUUAGUGAGGUGAACCAGGCUCAGUCCAACCCACUGGGCUCAGGACUGGGAUACCUGGAACACAUCUGCCAGCUAAUCGAGAAAAUCGGACAGCUUCAGGAGCACAAUCUCAAGCUGCAGAAACAGAUCUGUAUCCUGCAGAAGGACAGCAAGAUGAAGAAAACUAAAGAGGACUUCUUCCUACAGCAUUGUCACUGUGGAGCGGCUAGCUUGGCUUUUCAGGAGCUGAAGAGACAUUCACGCAGUGACUACACCAGCCUAACAGCAUCCAGUGGCACACUGUCUGACCUCACCACCAUUCCUGAGGGCACACGUAUCCCCCUCAGGCCAGCCUUCAGCGAUUGUGAAGGAGGCUGCCAGCAAAUCAUGCCUGUGUGGAGAAAAGGCUUUACCAGGAGGAGCUAUACAGAGGGGGAGGCCAGAUACCUGAGUGACAGCUCAGAGGUUUUCUCUGCUCCCCAUAGACGGCCAGAGAACUAUGCAUGGGGCAGGGUGAAGGAGUUGAUGAAGAAGAGCAAGCUGAGGAACCAAAGCAGACUGGGUCUGUCCUCCAGCUCCUUCAAGAGGUCAUGUCCACAGUUAUACCGGCCUGAACUGGGGCACAUGGAACUGUCCAGAAGAGACAGGAACUCUAUGAUUGUCCUCGGACAUCAAAAAUUGGACUAUCAUUGGCCUCACUAGCAUUGAUCAGCUGGACACUAAACAGAUGCUGUAUGACGAGAAAACAUUUCCCUGAAGAGGAGGACACAAUGAGGUUGUACAGAACAUGGGCAAAGGAAGAACAAGGAAAGGGAGGACAAGAUGAUGUUGACAAGAAAGUGAUCUGUGAUUGAUGAGAGAAGGGUACAGAUAGAAAAUUGAGGUGACCCUCACAGCUCACACCCACAAUGUUCAAAAGAAAUUUCUGUAUGUUUCUAUGAGUGUACAAUGGACCUACACAUAUGACUGGUUCCUUUUCACUCUGUAUGUUAGAUGCUAUAUAUGAAUGUUAAAAAAAAGUCAUUAAAGUUUUGGGCAUUUUUUAUAGUGUAUACAAUGCCAUGCACAAGAGGUGUUACCAGAAGGUAGCGUAACAAAUGAGAGAUUUUUCUCAGAACAGUACACAUUUCAGUAUAUUCACAUAAAUAAAAAUAAAAGGAAUAUUGUUUAAUUCAACAAUAUACUAUGUAAAAAAAAAUCUGUACUAUCGGCUGCUUUUACUUAGACCAUUUCAUUGAAUUUCGGUCUGUUCUGAACAUUUCUGUAAAAUAUCUAAAAAAUGCCCCAACAGUAACAAGAAGUGAAACAUAUGGGAUACAGGCUUACGCUGCAGCUGAUGGUCCUGUAGUCCACCUGACUGACAGGUGUUACACAAUGGUCACGAUAAUAUAGAUAUAGAUAAUAAAUAUAAGUAUUACAUCAUAACCAGUCCGCCAGGAAUGUGUCCAAACACCUGACUGCUGUGUUAUGUAAAUAUAUUACAUUUACAGGACAGCAUGCAGUGAUGUGAGCAAGACAUGGUGGCUAAAGUGUUUCUAUGCCCAGUGCAAAGCCAAGUCAGUACCAACAGUAGCAUCGUAACCUACUAUGUCAAACAUAGACUUAACAAAGGAAGAACUGUAAGCAUUAUUUGAGCAUGUUUUGCGUGUGUAUUUUGGUUUGGUGAAAGAGCAUUAAACACUAGAUGGUUUACUGUAUAAUGUAUACUUGCAAUGUCAUAUUUACGAGUUUACAUAAUGAAUUUGUCAGAUGGCUUCUAUGAAAAAAGUAUGACUGUUGAUGUAUUGAAAAGAAUUUUGUUGUGAGCUGUCCUUAUACUGUGUAUUGUACUAUAUCAAAAUGGAUGGAAUAUUUCAGUAUGCAUAUUGCAUUCCUAUUCCAAAUUAUUUUUAAUAAAUAAAAUUGUGAUAUUUCUAAACAA